AUGGAUAUCGAGAAAGCUUCCAGUGCCCAAACUACCUUGACCCCAGUCAGCAUCGCUAUUGGUGACGACGAGCAGGCUCGGACGAACACUGAGUCUGGUACCACUAUAGUAGGGCCUACUACAGCGCCUAGCAUUGCAACAUGGAAACUCGUGUCGUUAUAUAGCAGUAUUUGCAUCGGCCUAUUCCUAUCGUUCCUGGACACAUCGAUUAUCGCAACUGCCAUCUACACCAUCGGGGUCGAAUUCCACUCCCUAUCCAAGGCCAACUGGAUCGCCUUGUCCUACACCCUUGCGUACGUUGGCUGUACUGCCAUCUUCGCAAGCCUUUCAGACGUGGUUGGUCGUCGCAAUGCCUACGUCGCCGCCUUUGUGAUCUUCCUGGCUUUCUCACUCGGCUGUGGCUUUGCUCAGAAUCUCGACCAGCUCAUAGCUAUGCGUGCGCUACAGGGAGUGGGCGGCUCGGGCCUGUAUUCAGUGGGCUUCGUCGUCCUUACUGAGACUGCCUCGCCGCGUAUGUCUCGGAUGAUUGGCGCUUUGGCAGGAGCCAUUAUCGCGAUAUCCGGCAUCUUGGGUCCUGUACUAGGUGGUGUCAUAACCAACUACACGACCUGGCGAUGGAUUUUCUGGUUAAACGCUCCCGUUGGCAUCAUCCCGUUAAUACUUUUCAUCACUGUGUGGCCCGACAAGACUCAAAUCCGAGGCUUUCAGCGCCGCGGAUUUAAGCAGAUCGAUAUUCUAGGUUUCCUUCUCUUGAUUGCCUCUUCAGUGCCUUUCGUGAUUGCUUUCCAGCAAGCCGGAAUCCACGUCCUUCUGGACAGUUCCAUCUGGAAGUCUGCCCUCUUUGUCGCCCCGCUAGUCGUUGGAGUGCUGUGCUUCGUCGCACUUUUCGCCUGGGAAUGGUUCGUUGCAAGGCGUUGGCCGGACACAAUAGGCGCACUCUUCCCAAUGCGACUAGCUAAAAACAGAGUCUACAUGUCUGCAGUCACAGCAACGAUGUUGACAGGGUUUCCUUAUUUCUUCAUCGUAUAUUCGCUGCCAACGCGGUUCCAGGUGGUUAACGGGAAAAGUGCUAUUGCGUCAGGUAUAGCUCUACUACCAAUGCUUGGUGCUUCUGCUGUUGGGACGACUAUCGCUGGUGCGGCUUCGAGUAAGAAGAACAACACGUUUGCUAUCAACGUCAUUGGAGCUGCCCUUAUGCUGGUUGGAACAGCAUCUCUGUCCACACUAGACAAUACUGUGGCCCCACAAGCUCGAGCCUAUGGGUUACAGGUUUUCCUCGGCUUUGGGUUUGGCUUAACAGUUAGUAACUCAACUUUGCUUGCUAUUCUUGAGGCUGAGCUGCGCGAUCGAAGUGUCGCGCAAGGCGUCAUGGCUCAGGUGCGCGUGCUAGGAGGAAGCAUCGGUAUCGCUGCAUCAACAGCUAUCCUGGGUGUCAAACAACGUCAGCAGCUGCUGGAUCCGAUGGUUGUCAGUGCUGCGCAAUUGGAGUCACUUGCCGGGUCUAUACGGACUCUCUCGCCAGAGAAAGUCUUGGCCAUUCGCCAAGCAUACACGGAUGCAUUCAACGAGACUCUUGUCGUUUGCUCUGUCGUCAGUGGUGUGGCUCUCCUUGCGAGUCUUGCAGCGUGGCGAAAGCAACCUACCACUAUGUGGACUAGAGAAUAG